AGGCGGAGGCGCCGGAAGCGGCGGUUGGAGCCGAGCGAGGCGGGCGCGGGGAAGGGAGGGGGGGGGGGGGAGAGAAGAGAGAGAAACGUCCUCUCCUCAGCGGUGGGCGCCGGGCCGGGUUAGGCCGUACUGCAUCGCAGCCUCUCGCCUUGCUUCGUCCGGGCCUCGUAAAGCUCAGCCCAGCCCCGCCAUGAGCUGCCGGCAACCGCUGCCGAGCGAACGGGGAGCGAGACAGAGGAAGAGGAGACGGAAUGGCAAUGAAGAUGAUGGUCAUGUUCCCCAGACAAAACGUAGUACCAGGAAUACUGUCCUUCAGGACUCCUGGGACACUGAGUCCAAAUGCGUAACAGAAUGUGCACCACAGCCUGGGGAAAUGAAGGUGGCUGUAACGAAAAACAGUAAGGAACACAGACUAAAAGGAAACAAAGUGUCCUGUGCGUCCUCCAGCAGCGAUAGCGGCAGCAGCAGCAGCAGCAGCUGUAGUAGCAGUAGCAUCAACAGCCCUGACAGAGCGUGCGGUGCAGAAACCAGCCUAAACCCGAUAAUUGCAGGAUCCAGUCCUGUCUCCUCUCAGUCCUUCCAUGAGCAGUCUGCACUAAGCCAAGGUCCUUACUUCCACAUCAACCAGAUCCUGAAGGAGGCACACUUUCACAGCUUACAGAGCCGGGGGCGCCUUCCUACAUGAUGAACCAGCAGUUCCCUGCCUUCUGUGAAGGGACAGCACUGUGUAGAUUUGAUAUUUCAACUUAAAAGUUUGUUAAAAUGGAAUUGCACAAAACGCCUGUUGCCUUUUCAGUCUAUAUUUGAAAUAACAGGUUAACAGGAAAUUGUUUACUUGUGGUUUGCUGCACUAUUGCAAUGCAAAAGGGGCUUUGAAGCAAUUUUUAUAGGAUUCUUUUUGGGGUGGUUAUAAAGUACAUGUCAAGAGGAGACUGAGGAAUACACAUCUGUGUUAUAGGAUUGCAAAAUGUCCAGUUCCAAUCAACUGCCUAAUCUGUUUGUUAGCAAUUUGUUGCUUUAUGUAAAGUUCUCAAAACGUUCAUCUUCAGUUUUAUAAGUCUUUUUUAAUUUCAAUAAACUAGUAAAAAAUUUA